UGCUGAAGAAAAUCAAGAAUGACAGUUUAAUGCGCGAGGCUUCUUGUUUGCAAAGCUAUCCCGAAGUCAAAAGCCUUUUUGGCUUUGAGUUCUUACCUCUGAAUUCCCAGCGACAGAUUCACCAUUGUUCAGUCAUCUGCCAAUGCCAAAUUGUGAUCACUUGGAAGAAAAUCAGGAUGCCUUCUCUCAAGCACUUUGAUCAGAUCUACGAGUUUUCGCCCAAGACAACCAAGAGCUUUUGGACAGAUCAAAAAAUUCCACUGAGCAGCCAACGCCCCAAAUCUUGUUAUCCAACCGAAAUCAUCGCAAGGGUCUUAUCAACAAAGCAGUUGCCAGAUAUGGAGGUAGAGCAAUGGGCAAUAAGGCCUCCUGUGGUUGUCGAAGAGCGUACACGCUGCGAUUGCCUCAUUUGGAGCAUGAAAUGCACAUGCAAUCCGUACGGUGGCACUCAGCGUGAGCAUCGAUAUGUGCCUGAUCACUGCAUUCUGGGCUUUCAGACCCCCCGAACAGCUGCAACAAGCAUCUCGCAAGAUUUACAAGCUCCAGCUGGUGCGAUCGUCGCCAAUACACAAACAUGUCCUACACAGCCUUUGAUAGCAGGUCAAGUUGAUACCAGUACGACUCAGGCAUCAGGCUCUGGCGGCCAUAGCCAUGACCAAUCGCAGCUGACAGAUCGAACACCAGCUGUGAAUGAACCCCAAGGGCCUACAACAUCUGCAGAAGUCAAUCAGUUCCUUCAGAAUACACAAUUCGGUUUCAACUGUCGAACAGACAUCUUACCGGAUGAAAACGGAUUACCACAAUGGUCCACCAGUCUAUAUGCCAUGGAAUGCUUCCUCAUGUCCGACGGAGCUACCCCUGGACCGUUGCGAGAAAACUGCCAGUGUCCAUGGCCGUUAGCCGACCCACUUGAGUGCGAACUUUUACAACAGUCUCAGAACAACACAUGCACAAAUCUCGAUGCCCAAUCGCGAUCGCAAGAAGGUCAAUCGAAGAGGCAGAACACUCGAGGGAUGAAUUAUGGUGAACAAGGCGGCAGAUUUGGAAAUCUCCCCAACUUCAUUUGAUGCACAGAAGAGAUGGUCCUCCCACAACUCUAUAUUACUUAUCCUUCUCGCUGCACUGCGGAAGCUUCAGAGCCAUGAACAGCAACUUUGUGGCCACGUAGCUGACACUUGCUUGAAUCUGCAUAGUUAACC